UGUAUCCGAGGAGCAGCAGACAGGACUGCAAAAGAGAGAAAUACAAAAAGAGAGAGAGGGGGAGAAAACUGACAUCUCAUCGAGAAGAGAAGGUAAGUGUGGAGAACACUGGCUGUGCUCUGUUAUUAUUGAUUACUGUAAAGAAAAAGAUUAAGUUUGGUUCAUAUUAAAUGAGUAAAUCUAAUGGGAACUCAUUGUUCUUAUAUCACGCUGUGCCUGCCAUCAAUAAUAUACAGUGCAACUUUUGUAUGCAUGAAAAUGAGAAUGUAUUGGCAAGGUGUCUGUAUAUGUGUGUGUUUGUUUGUAAAGUUACGGUAUGUGCCAUUGUGUUAUUAGAUUACAUAAUUCAGGAGUGCAUGAGUAAGGUUAUGUCAUUCCAUCAUUUCAAAGCAAUCGUCAGUAAAUAAGCGCUAACACACAGUUACGCCCUGACUGCAGUACUUAAGGAUUCAAGUAAGGUUGUUUUUGCUCAUUGGUAUUAUAUUUCCUAAUUCUUUAGUCAUUUGAGGCCUUCUGUGAUGUACGUGUGCCAUAAGGGGCUAUAGUUUAGCAUUAUGUAAUGAGGUCAGAUUAAAAAAAAAUUAUAGCUGUGAUGUGCGAAUAUAGUGACCAGAGCCAUUGUUGUAUAUUGACAAUAGAUUGUUGAUAGACUAAAAUAUGAUCAGUGAAGUUGCUUUGACACUGUUAACCUCCAUGUAUCUUCAUCUGUCAUUCUGUGAAUAAACAACUGUGCAUGGACGAUGUGGUUAUUGAUCCAAACGUUUGGGCGUGUAUGUAUGGACAGUAGUGUGUGUGCAUGUGUUUAUGUGUGAAUAGGGCAGGGCAAGGACAUUCUCCCAUGUGGUCUCUCAUGUGUUACGCAUGAUUAUUUGGUGAGACGGGCACGUACCAGGUGACCGCCAAGACAACCAUUUUUUUAUGGGCUCUUAUAUUUUAGUCGAUUUCAGGAAGGCUAUUAAACAUCACGUCUGGUGUCCUUCACUUUUAGAAAUUAUGUUUGGGAGACUGUGAGCUUGUGUUUGUAUCGCUUGUCUGUAUUGUUUUGUUGAAUGGUGGUGAGUGGCAACUUUCAGACAGUCUGAUGGAGGAGUAACAAUACAGAUAUCGUGUGUGACACUCCCUGCUGCCCUCAUCUGAAUUCAUGCUGCUUUCUAACCAGUGUCCCGAAGCAUCAGAAUAUAACCGGACAGUUAAUGGUUGUAGGCUACCAACAGCAAAAUAUAAACAUGACCUUGGCAGCAUAUCGAGAGAAGAUGAAGGAGCUCCCUCUAGUGUCACUUUUGUGCUCCUGCAUCAACUCAAACCCUGCCGAAAAUCCCACACACAAGACUGAAGAUGCAGUGGAUCUCAACUGGUGCGUGAUCAAAGAUAUGGAGGUCAUCGAGCUGAACAAGCGGACCUCGGGCCAAGCAUUCGAGGUGAUCCUGAAACCUCCCUCCUUUGACGGUGCACCAGACCUCAACACAUCCAUGCCUCAGCGUAAGGACCCCUCCCUGGAAGAAAUCCAGAAGAAGCUGGAAGCAGCCGAGGAGAGGCGGAAGUGCCAGGAAGGAGAGAUGCUAAAACAUCUUGCUGAGAAGAGGGAGCACGAGAGAGUGGUCAUCCAGAAGGCCUUCGAGGAGAACAACAACUUCAUCAAGAAUGCUAAAGAGAAGCUGGAGCAGAAGAUGGAGGCCAACAAAGAGAACCGUGAGGCUCUGCUUGCAGCCAUGCUGGAGAGACUACAGGAAAAGGACAAACACGCAGAGGAGGUGAGGAAGAACAAAGAACUGAAAGAAGAGGCCUGUCGGUAGAGGAGCACCCUCUAAGACUGCUUUGGCUAGUCAAGGAAAGAGAGAUACGGAGGCAAAACCCUUGAGAACAAAGUAAAUGGGAACCAAUACAUCUCAAUAAAGGGAAUGUAGUGGACAUUAAUAAUGACAAGACG